AUGGCGCUUGGACUUGUGAUCCCGUAUGGAAAUGAAGAGUUGGAAGAUGCUGGUCUGCGGUACUUGAAGGAGUUUUUGUCAAGGUGCUUCUUUCAAGAUGUUAAGGAUUUCAGUUUUUAUUUUACUUUUAAAAUGCAUGAUCUUUCACAUGAUCUUGCAGUAUCAGUAGCAGAAAGAGAGUGUUUGGUGGUAAAAUCCGAAACCCAAAAUGUAGAUAGAAGAGUUCGACAUUUCUCAUUCGUGGAUACUCACUUCUAUAAGGAUGAAUCUCGAAAACUUGCAAAUUCUAUUGGUAUAUUGAAACAUUUAAGAUAUCUUGACCUAUCAGAUAAUAUCUUUUUGACAGAACUCUCUGAAUCAAUUUGUAAGCUUCACAGUUUACAAACCUUGAGACUUCUUCGUUGUUCACUUCUUCAUGGGUUGCCUUCUAAUAUCAAAUACAUGAGCAGUCUCAGAUAUUUAGAAUUAACCACGGCUGCUCGGUAUAUACCAGAGAAUGGUAUAGAGUGUUUGAAGUCUCUUCGAUAUUUGUGCAUGGAUAACUGCUUCAACUUACUAAGCUUGUUCGACGUGCAAAGCCUCACAGCCCUCCGAACAUUAUGUAUUCAAGAGUGUGGAUGCUUGAUCUCGUUGCCACACAGUAUGAAAAAACUAACCAGGUUAGAGAAGUUGGUGAUUCAGGGUUGCCCAAAGCUUAAUCUGAAGAUGGAAUUGCAAGAGGAAGACGCUUGUCUAAACCUUCAAACAUUUAUGCUCAUUGACUUACCAGCAUUAGAGUAUUUGCCUCAGUUGAUUCUUCAAGGAUCUGCUACUACUUUACAGUACAUGCGGAUUGAAAAAUGUCCCAGCUUAAAAGCAUUACCAGAGUGGUUCCAAAAUCUCACAUCACUUCAGAAACUUGAGAUUAUAAGUUGCCGGGGUUUGUCAUCUUUACCAGAAGGGAUACAAUAUCCGCUGCUCUUCGAGAAUUAA